GGCCUGGGCUAUAUAAAGGAUCUUGGCCAGGCUUCCGGCCUUUCCCGCCGCGGAGACGGAGGUGUUGGAGGUGUGUGGAGACGCCCCAGGAGCCGGACCUGCCGUAUCGCCUCGUCUCCACUUGCCGUUGCAACCAAUAAAGGCCUUUCGCACCGUGGUAGAUGGUCGCGCUGCGCCGAACCUUCCACGUGGUGACCCUGGCGGCGGGGGCGCGCCGUGCGUUGACGGGCUCCCUGGCUGGUAGCUGCCUGGCAGACCGCUGCCUCUGGGAUAAGCUCCAUGCCCAGCCCCGUCUGGGCAGCGACCCCACCUUCGACUGGUUCUUUGGAUACGAGGAAGCCCAGGGGCUCCUACUGCCGCUGCUGCAGGAGGCACGGGCUGCCUGUCCACUUCGGGUGUUGGAUGUGGGCUGUGGGACCUCAAGCCUGUGUACAGGCCUCUACACCAAGUGCCCGCACCCCGUGGACGUGCUUGGGGUGGACUUCUCUCCUGUGGCUGUGGCCCACAUGAACAGCCUCCUGGAAUGUGGCCAAGGCCAAACACCCCUGUGCCCUGGGCACCCUGCCUCCCGCCUCCACUUCAUGCAGGCUGACGCCCAGAACCUAGAGCCAGUGGCUUCCUCAGGCUCCUUCCAGCUAGUGCUAGACAAGGGCACCUGGGAUGCUGUUGCCCGGGGUGGUCUGCCUGGAGCUUACCAGCUGUUGUCAGAAUGCCUGAGGAUCCUGAGCCCCCAGGGGACCCUGAUUCAGUUCUCAGAUGAGGACCCUGAGGUGCGGCUGCCCUGCCUGGAGCAACGGUCCCAAGGCCGGACUGUGACUGUGCAGGAGCUAGGCCCUUUCAGGGGCAUCACCUACUUUGCUUACUUGGUUCAAGCCUCUGAUUAAAGACUUUAGUCCUGA